CACACUUUACGGCGCUGCAGUUUCAAAACAAAUCAACGUGGUUCCUUCACCUUCAGUUAUUAGUAGUGAAAUUAUUGUCAGCAAAUUAAGCAAAAUAUCGCUCAAACUACGCUAAUUUACUAGAACAUAAGUCUUAUUCACGGUGCCGCAAAAUGUCUAGUGACAGCAGCAGCGAUUCCGACAUGGAAAGACCCCAGCAGAAGCAGGAACAGCCACCGAAAAAACGCAAACGUCUGCAGGACUAUUUGGACGAAAAGGCCGCUCGUGAGGCGGCCGAACGUGCCGAGGUGGAAUUGAAAAGACGGCGGAAGAGCGGAUUGGACGUUGACGAUGAGGAAGCCGAAGAAGUAAGUUACCCCGUUAUCAAUCCGUUGAAUUUCAUCAAGAACAAAGAGAUACGGUCGAAACAAUUCAAACGACUUCAAGGCUCCAAGAAGAAGGAAGAAAAGGCCGCCCGGAAGGCCAGAAAGUUGGAAGGUGGUCCAAAAACUACCGGUCACACUAUCGAGAGCUUGCGGGAAAAGGACCAGACAUCGUUGGCACAUGCCACGGAAGACGACAACGAGGAGAUUGCAAAUGAUUUGGAGAAUGACGAGUUCAACGAGUAUUACAAGAAGACGUAUGAACCCAAAGUGCUCAUUACAUACAGUGCGACCCCGCAUACAAGGACUCGGAAGUUUGCUGCGGAACUGGAAAGGAUAUUGCCGAAUUCUUUGGUCCAUGCUCGUAAUAAGGCAAGGUUGAAAAAUGUCUGCAAGAGCGCCAUACGAGAAGAGUUUACGGAUUUGGUCGUCAUCAACGAAAACAACAAACAACCGGAGGGACUGCUGGUCAUUCAUUUGCCGGAGGGCCCCACGGCGCAUUUCAAAAUCAGCAACUUCAAAUCAUUGAAAGACCUGAAGAAGAGACCAUCGAACAUUACCAGCCAUCGCCCGGAAGUAAUUCUCACCAACUUCAGUACCCGGUUGGGUUUGACCAUUGGUCGGAUGCUGGGUGCGCUGUUCCACUACGAGCCGGAGUUCAAGGGCCGUCGGGUGGCCACCUUCCACAAUCAGCGGGACUACAUCUUCUUCCGGCACCAUCUGUACGAGUUCGACAAGAACGGCAAACGGGUGAAACUGCGCGAACUGGGACCGAGGUUUACGUUGAAGUUGCGCUCGCUGCAGCAGGGAUUGUUCGACAGCAAGUGCGGCGACUACGAGUGGAUGAUUACCAACAAGCGGCACCAGAUGGAGAGCAGGAGACGGUUCUUCCUGUGAUGGGCGGGUCUCCCUUGGUUGCUUUUGUUUUGGCGAUUAAUAUAAUGUAAGUACAAUUA